AUGAAUUGGACGGAAGGGUCGUUGGCUCGUCAUGCUAAGCGACGAGAAUCUCGGUCGGAUCUUACGAAGAAGCAGCAAAAGUACUUCGCGAAUAUCCGGUCCGGUAGACGUGAGGCCUCAAGGCCAGAUAUUAGCACUAUCUCAUUCCUUCAAGGGCGGCCCUCGGUGCCUUCAAUACCUCCCAAGACGAGCUCCGCGGAAAAUCAUUCACACUCGUCGCCGUACUUCCGACCUCAACCGAGCCAGUAUGACAACCUGAAAAAGUCCGGUCUCAGCAGCAACUCCAACGGGUCUCAGCGCCAGGAACAUCUCCUCACUACUAAUCCGGCUACAGCUCAAAGCCAUCCAGCCAUGAACCAAAGCGGAAAACGGCAUCGCAUGGGAAACCACAGUGAGACUUUAGAGUCGAAGAGGAGACGGCUGCUUCAGAAAAAGGACUGGGCGGGCAUUGAUGUUCAAAAGCCUCUGUCUAUGCAAUUUCCUGCCCAUGGAAGCCAGACAAAACAUAAGAUUUGGGGCUUCUGCGGCAAGAGACCCAUAGGAGAAUACCUUGAUGCCUCACGCACAAAUGGGCUUCUCGAGUCGGUAUCAAGACCCCGGUUUCAAAGGCAUAUGAAUGCACAUGUUGGGGCCCCUAGUAUCCGAAUCAGAAUCGGAAGUGACAACAUUCGAUUUGGGGACUCGAGUCAACAUAGCUUCGGCAAUUCACACAGAAAAUACUCUAGCGAGAAAGCCACGUCGAAUAGCUCGCGGGGCCCGGCCUGUGUGAAAGCACAUAGAUCUCAGGAAUACCCUCAUCAUUCAAUGUAUAAUCGACAGUCACCGCGGUCACAGCACGAAAUGACUCUUUCAAGUAACUGGCAGGAACGACAUCACAAAGCAAGUCUUGUAUCUGAUGAUUCUCCCUCAACGGCGAUGCUGCAGUCACCAUUACACGAUCAGCAAACAAUAUCGAAACAUUUCAGGCGAGGCAAUCAGAGUCGGCGAAUCGACAAGGCCCCAUCGAUCAUACACCAGCCAGUUCCACAACGACUCAGUCAACUAAUCAUAGGGAACAGACCUUGCGUUAUUGGGUCUGAUACCUUCGGAAGUACAAUUGGUGAAGUUGGACACAAUCCUUUGUCAGUUGUAGUUCCUUCAGAAAACGACAAACUGGUUUGGCAGCCCAUGCUGGCGGCAAUGGAGGGCUAUUCCAAUGUCGCGAAGCAACAGAGUUGUGUCGGAGUUGCGGUAGGUCCACGUAUCAGCCCAGGGGUUAGCCAAGUUCCACGCGUAGGCAGCGAUGUUCCAGAUACCAAUCGUGAAUUUAUUCACGGACCAAGAAUCGAUUCUAUACAGAGACACACUCCUCGGGAGCUUAGAGACCUGGCACCCAAUCAUGAACAAGUUGCGAAGAUUGUACAGCAAGGUCCAAUCCGUAAUGAACAUCUUGAAGCCUUUGACCAAGCUGACUUCGAUUCAAAAUCAUCGGAGAUCUCGAUAAGUUCUUCGCCUUCGACGCAACAUGCUAAAGACAAUCCCCCGGUCUUACAGGAUUUAGAUCGUGCCAUUGAGCUCUCUUCGGUUCACAAACAGGAAAUAGCGGCAGGCUUUAACUCAAACACACGUGGAUUUUAUCCUCAAACUUCAAUUGUGACAGGAGAUCCGGAUGCUUCGAGAAAACAACGGUCUGAUAAGAAAGGCCUGAACAAGUGGGUUGAUUCACAAGAGAGCAUACCGGAAAACACUCCUUCCAUAUCAGAUAAGCCCAGUAUCAAUAAAAGCGGGCACGCGAAUGUGACUGAGGCGAUUUUAGGAAGCACCGAAGCAGACUGGAUGAACUUUAUCUUCGGUGAUGAUAUCGAUGAGGUUCGAGAGGCUGCAUUCCAAAAGGCCAAUCAAGAUGCUGCACGAUCCUUACGAUCAUCUAGCAGCGUUUCACGUGACCCUAGUCAAGACUUUGAAGCAUCGAGCAUGCCUAAAGACACAAAAGUCGCAGCAAUCUAUGGCGCAUCAGUUCCUCAAAGGAAGGAUGAAGUUGGCUUCACUACUUCAACGCCCCCUUUCGAUUCAUAUCUCGAUCAUAUGAUAUCAAGAAAUCCGUUUCCACCAUCAUAUUCUCCUGACUCUGAUCUUGGGCUGUUAUCUGUUCUUGUGCGGGCCGAGGAGACAGAUGUUACUCAACAUCCACGCCACCAUAAUCACUGUGUGUUAGAAAUGCAAUCCCCCCAACCACGGAUUUCCGAGUCGACCACUGCUCAGGUCGGUUCCUCGUCAUUUAAAACGGCUUCGACGUCUGAGUCUACAGCAGAUGUCGCUUCAGUUUCCGUCCAACCACCUACUUCGGAAGUGGAUGAAGAUCUUGUUUCACCAUUCACAUUCAUCCAGCCUCAAAGUUUCGUGGGAAGAUUAGCUAACUCAGCAUCCGGCUUGAGGAGACCACCCCAACCAGCUGUAGAAAUUAAGAAACACAAGAAAAGAGGCAGGCCGAAGAAGUUGAAGAAGGCCAGUGACGGAAGGGCAGACAUCCGGGCACUGCCAAACUAUGAUGACGACCCAAUUGAUGGCUCAGAUGACUAG